AUGUCAAACGAGCUUCUCAAUCCUUGGGUAUUCUGGUUCUUCUCAGUCCCUAAAUGUACAAAUAAAGACUGGGCUUUGUGCUAUGAGCAGUCAUUAGUCCCGCUUUGCGAAAUCAAAUCAAUCGAAGAAUUUUUCAACGCCUACUGUUAUCUUGAACGCGCAAGCGCAUUAGCUAGAAAUUGAAACUUAUGCUUAUUCAGACAAGGAAAAAAACCAAUGUGAGAGUCAUCCCCUGACGGAGGCUGCUGGAUUUUAAGAACCCAAAAAUGGGAAAAUGAGUCUGACUCUUAUUGGGAGAGGCUACUUAUAGAGUGCAUUCGUGGAGGGUUUCCAGAUGAAGUUGAUGGAAUAGUGGCUUCUUCUAAGCCAAAUGAGGUGUAUAUUCAAAUUUGGAUGAGCAACGCACACAAUUCACAAACUAAAAUAGCUGAGAGCAUCAAAAAUUGUUUAGGACUCAGCUCAGCACAUAUGCUGCUGAAAUACCAUAAAGAGAGUAUGAUAGACAUGUCAACCUUUAAGAACGCUAAACUUGUCAAAGUGUAA